AUGGUGGAACUCCAGGUUGUCAACGUUCGUGUCGACCAUUAUCGGCGUCAGAACGCGCUGGGCAUUCAUCUAAGCAGGCCUCGGAUCUCAUGGCAAUUCCAAGAAUGCCCUCAGAGUUUCAAAUCAGUCAACUGGGAGGUCCGAAUCCAGCACGAUGGAUCUCAGCAGCUUUUGGUGAGCGAGCCUGAAGCUCAAGACGACAAUGUUCACUCGGCAUACUGGCCCAAAAGCUUGCCUAUCCAGUCUCGCAAGGUUUACUCCAUCGAUGUCAGGGCCCGGGGUGCCGAGCAGACAGAUUGGUCGCCCUGGAGCGAGCCAUUCGUCCUGGAAACAGGUCUCUUGUAUCGCCACGACUGGAGCAGCAGUCUCAUCUCGGCGCCUUGGGCGGAAGAUAGCAAGGACGCACCGCAGCCCGAGGACCUCUUCCGAAAAGAGUUCAAGACAGAGGGAACCAUUCGCUCUGCGAGACUCUAUGUAACAGCACAGGGCGUGUACGAGGCCGAGAUCAACGGGCGUAGAGUUGGCGACCAUUUCCUUGCCCCAGGUUGGACAGCCUACGACGGAAGACUGCAAUAUCAGACUUACGACGUCACUUCGCAGCUCUCUUCCCUCGAUCCGAACUGCAUCGGUAUCCGGUUAGCCGAAGGAUGGUUCAAUGGCCGCAUCGGCUUUGAGGGUGGGCGAAGGGGCAUAUGGGGCACUCGCACUGCGCUUCUGGCUCAGCUUGAGAUUUCCUACGAGAGUGGUGUCACCGAGACUAUCGUCGCCGAUGACACCUGGAAAGUAACUCGCGGACCCAUCAAGCUCGCUGAGAUCUACGACGGAGAGAAGUACGAUGCGACGGCAGAGGUGGAUGGCUGGUCAAGCCCAAGUGCGCCUUCGGGAGAUUGGCAUGCUGUCGAUAUUCUCCCGCCCCUGCCUGCCACAACAGAACUUAUCUCUGGGUAUGGAGAGCCGGUCCGGAGGCUUGAAACAAUCGCCCCAUUGGAGGCUAUUACAACGCCCUCUGGUAAAACCAUCCUCGAUUUUGGUCAAAAUAUGGUUGGAUACGUUCGCAUCAAACAGAUCAAGGGCCAGCGAGGACACCAAGUGACACUGACCCACGCCGAAGUCCUGGAGAAGGGGGAGUUGGGAACAAGACCGCUGAGAGAUUGCAAAGCCACGGAUGUCUACACACUGAGAGGCGACUCGAACGGCGAGUCUUGGGAGCCACGGUUCAGCUUCCACGGAUUCCGUUACGUCCAAGUCGAUGGCUGGCCCUCGUCCGGGGCCAGGCUUUCGGAAGCUGUCGAGGCUCAGGUGUGCCACACCGACAUGGAAGAGAUUGGAAACUUCUCCUGUUCGGAUGAGAUGCUGAACAAGCUGUACAGCAACAUCCGAUGGUCGAUGAGGGGCAACUUCCUAUCCGUACCGACCGAUUGUCCACAGCGAGACGAACGGCUUGGGUGGACCGGAGAUCUUGCGCUGUUUGCGCCUACGGCGACCUUUAUAUACGACUGCUUCGGCAUCCUGAAGAACUGGCUCGCGGAUGUGGCCUUUGAUCAGAAGGUGCUGGGUGGCGUUCCGCCCAUGGUGUCUCCCAACGUUCUCCUCGGUCACAAGAACUGGGGCAAGAUCGGCGCCAACGCCAUCUGGCACGAUGUGGUUGUGCUUGCGCCUUGGGCUCUUUACGAGGAAACGGCCGACCUCACUAUACUCCGAGACCAAUACGAGUCCAUGAAAACAUGGAUUGAUGUGAUCCCGAGGAACAAGUCCGGCUCGGUACACCUGUGGGACUUUAGCUUGUUCCAGCUUGGGGACUGGCUGGAUCCCAACGCUCCCCCCGAAGAGCCGAUGAAGGCGUUGACAGAUCCCCCGCUCGUGGCAAACGCUUUCCUCGUCAGAUCCCUCGAUUUGAUCACAAAGGUGGCGGCAGUCUUGUCAAAGACAGACGACGCUGCACGGUAUCGAGAAGAAGCCGAGGCAGCCCGCAAAGAGUUCCAAGAUGAGUACGUCAGCGCCAACGGACGCCUCAUAUCCGACUCGCAGACCGCCUACGCGCUCGCGAUCUCGUUUGAUCUCCUCCAACCUACCCAGCUGAAGCGAGCCGGGAACCGUCUGGCAGAGAUUGUCCGGCGUAACGGCUUCAGGAUCGGCGCAGGGUUCGCUGGGACGCCCUUCAUCUGCGAAGCCCUCACCCACACCGGCCACAGCGAUGUCGCUUACUCCAUGCUCUUGAACCAGAAGUGCCCGUCGUGGUUAUACCCGGUGACGAUGGGCGCGACGACGGUAUGGGAGCGCUGGGACAGCAUGCUGCCGGACGGGACCAUCAACCCCGGCGACAUGACGUCCUUCAACCACUACGCCUUUGGUGCGGUGGCCAAGUUCCUCGUGGAGCGCCUUGCGGGCUUGCAGCGGUUGGAGCCUGGCUGGAAGCGAUCGAGGGCACAGCCGGUGCUGGGGGCGGAGUUUAUGCAUGCGUCGGCGGAACAUCUUACGCCGUACGGCAGGGUGUCUUGCGCCUGGAAGGUAUGCGGUGAGGCAAGCGGCCCGCAACAGCUCAAAGUCGACGUGACUGUGCCGCCUCUCACGGAGAUGGAGGUGGUAUUGCCAACCAGAGGCGGGAAAAGGGUCGAGGUUGUCGGCCCUGGUGACUGGUCUUUUACCACAGAUUAUGAACGUAGCUACGAGUGGCCGGUGAAGGAAUUGUCAAUCUUCCCAUAA